AUGAAAUCGUACCUGAGUGGUAUGCCUGAAUGCAAAUUUGGCAUAAACGAUAAAAUCGCUCUUGAUGGCAAAGGAAAGGGAGGCAGCGAUGAGCCAAACAAAGCGUAA